CCUUUCUCCAUUCUGGUUUUCAUUCCUUUGCGUUCUAUCUGUGCAUCCCCUCCUCCACCUCCUCCUCCUCCUCACACCUUUUGGUCAGAAGAGGAAGCCCAACCCAGGGAGAGACACUGUGAGGAUGAAACUCUGACACGUCGGCAGACCACAGGAAGCCAAGAGCACAACUGUAAUUUCUAGAAGGAAGAGCCCAGGAAGGUCAGCCAAAAAUCCCGCUGCAGGUGCCAAAGUGAAAGCUACAGGGCCACGAUUAGUUGGACAGACUGAGGCGGCUGAGCAAAGUGAAUGACAGAUUGUCUUCACUGCUGAAGCACUUACUCCAAGCUAAAGUGUUGACUGCAACAUCUGACCUUUGACCUUUCAGACAGGUUGCAUCUGACGGAAGGACCGGCGCUGCGCUCCCAUCCCUGCGCUCCUUCAACAACAGCACUAGUUCAUUUGCACUUGUGGCAGCAGCAGCAAGUUGAGUGACUCCAGCUUCAGCCCGACCGGCUUUUCACCUGUACAUGGAGACCCCCAGCUGGGCAGGUCAGCCUUUCAACCCCAGAAACUCACUGUGUAAGUCAGGAAGCAUUGCCGUCUUUGGGAACGUGGUAUACAGCGGACUGCUGAACGACCACCUCUGGCAUUUGGGAGUGCCCCUCUUUACAAGACUGGGUAACCAAGAGGCCACCAACCCUCCAGAAGCGAUGGCCCAGCCGUACACCCCAGCCCAGUACCCGCCUCCACCACAGAAUGGCAUCCCCGCAGAGUUCGCGGCACCGCACCCACUGUCCACGCAGGACUACACUGGGCAAAGCAGGGUUCCUGAGCAUGCCAUGACUCUGUACACGCCCACACAGACGCACAGUGAGCCGGCUGGCACUGACAACAGCACGCCUGCCAUCACCACCACCACAACUGCACCGACAGAUGAUGUGACGCAAACAGAGGGCUCUCAGCAGCUCCAGCUUCAGCACUCAGACUCCUCAGAGAAGCAGCAGCCUAAAAGGUUACACGUCUCCAACAUUCCCUUUCGCUUCCGGGACCCUGACUUAAGGCAAAUGUUUGGGCAAUUUGGAAAGAUUUUAGAUGUGGAGAUUAUCUUUAAUGAGCGAGGAUCCAAGGGCUUUGGGUUUGUAACUUUUGAAACAAGCACAGAUGCUGAUCGUGCACGAGAGAAACUAAAUGGUACAAUCGUAGAAGGACGCAAAAUAGAGGUUAACAAUGCAACAGCACGUGUGAUGACAAACAAAAAAGUGGCCAACCCUUAUACAAAUGGCUGGAAGCUGAACCCAGUUGUAGGUGCUGUCUAUGGUCCUGAACUGUAUGCUGUAACAGGAUUUCCCUACCCUGCCACAGGCACUACGGUGGCCUACAGGGGUGCCCACUUGCGAGGUCGGGGGCGUGCUGUGUAUAACACAUUCCGCACAGCUCCCCCACCGCCACCAAUCCCAGCCUAUGGAGCGGUGGUGUACCAAGAUGGCUUCUAUGGUGCAGAGAUCUAUGGAGGCUAUGCAGCAUACAGAUUUGCCCAGCCUACCACCACCGCUGCUUACAGUGACAGCUACGGAAGAGUCUAUGCAACAGCAGACCCCUACCAUCACACGAUCGGCCCAGCUGCCACGUACAGUGUGGGGACUAUGGCUAGCCUAUACAGAGGAGGGUACAGUCGCUUCACUCCCUACUAAAAGAAAGAAAAAAGAGAAAGACAAAGACAUUGCCCCAACAAACAAACAAAAACAAUCUACUUACAGAAAGCUCAAAAUGGCUAAACAAGCGUACCCCAGGUCCGUGGUGGAGAGCUUAAUCAAACUAAAAGUUUCCAGGUCCCUCCCCUGACACCCACUCAAGCCGAUAUCUACAACAACCUUUUUGAUGUCAUCAUUAGUCUGCUCUUGUUUUGUAUUCAUUUUGUGCUUUUCUUUUGGAAACUUGUAUGCACAUGUGCAUUUUCUUGAUUGCUGUAUAUGGGUGCUGUGACACCAUAACUAAUGUGAGCCUCCUGCAGCACACAUGAUGCAUGCUCAGAGGUGUGCGUAUGCAGCUGCCAUCAUCUGACUAAGAAUGUACUGGGGGAGAAAAGCAAACAAACAAACAAGUAAAGCAAAUGCACUGGGUCUGAACCCUGACCCGCAGAACUAUUUCAAAGUGUAGCCUUCAUUUAACACGCUUGGUCCACACAGUGAUAAGUAUGCCCCAGUUAUUCUUAGCUCAAAGACGGCGCUGUAUUGAUUGCUUUUGUUGUUUUGGUUUUGUUCAUGUUUUUCUUCUUAAUGUUGGAGUGUCCUCCUGUUGUGCACUUGCAGUGGAACCUUACAAGCUGUACUAUGUUGUAUGACAGCAUGCAGAGUCAAAGGUCAUGGAGGUCAGAGUUCUUUCUUGGACUUACCCUGCUCAUAUUAGAGCCCAGCCUCCUAAUAAUUAUGUUACAUAAUGUGCAACUGUUCAUCAUCGCUGCCUAUGUUUCGGUGGAAAUGUGAAGCUGACUGAG